AAAAAUUUUUUUAUCAAUAUUGGUCGUGUGUUGGCUGUUGAUUAUAUUUUUCCUAUUUGAGAUAUAAAAAAAAAAAAAGAGAAGAAAAAUGCGUAGUGUAAAUUUAAAGGGGAAGAAGAGAAAAUCCGAGACAAAUGGAAGUGAGGGAGAUCAUGAGGAAAAUGGCGGUACAGUAUCGCCAAAUACCACUGAUACAAGUUGUGUUGAUGAGGUAAAAGAACCAGAUAACAACAACAUGACUAAAGGAAAAAAAAGAGGUAGAUCAUCAAAAUCAAUUAAUGAAAAAUCAAUUGAUGAUGAAAAUAAAAAUGAAAAUCAUGAUAAUGAUGAUCAUUUGAGUACAACAUCUGAUGAGCAUGAUAAUAGUGAUGUUAAAAGUAACAAGCGUCGAAAGAAGGAAACAAAUAAUAAACCAACAACGUCACAGGAUGAUGAUGGUGCUGAUGAUGAUGCUGAUGUAUCAAAAGAACACAAUAAUGAAGUUGAAGAAACAAAAAUUAAAGAAAAAGAAAAAUCAAAUGAAGAAACUGAUGCUGAAGAAUAUGAGGUUGAAAGAAUUGUUGAUGCACGUACAAUUAAAGGAAAGCGUCAAUUUUUAGUUAGAUGGAAAGGAUACAGUGAGGAUUCUGAUACUUGGGAAGGAGAAGACGGUUUAAGGUGUCCAAGAUUAAUUGAAGAGUAUCUUGAGGCAGAAAAUGAUGAAGAAAAUAUUGAAGCUGAAAAAAAGGUAACUCCAUCAAAAGCCAAGAAGCUCAAAAAAAAAGUGCCAAAAGGAAAAAAGAAAACAACCAAAACAAGCAAAUCACCUAAAAAUGGUAAAAAUGUCAAACAAACUAAAAAUAAUGAUGUUGGUGAUGAUGAUGACGAUGAAACUGAAGAAAAAGAUGAUAAAAAUAGUAAAAAAGAAUAUGAAGUUGAAAAAAUACUUGAUGUUUAUUUUAAAAAAAAUAAAGAAAAAGAAUUUUUAAUAAGAUGGAAAGGUUUUUCAUCAAAAGAUGACACAUGGGAACCAGAAAAAAAUUUAAAUUGUUCAAAAUUAAUUGAAGCAUUUAUGGGUAAACUUGAUAAAGCUAAAUCAGUUGAUCCACGUGAGCUCAGAACAAAUCCAAAACAUACAAAACGUUAUACAUUAGCAACAACAGACCAUGGAAGAAGAUUAUCACGUAGAAAUGUUAACAAACAAAGGACAACAUACUAUCAGUGCGAUGAAUAAUUUCGCCAUCUAUCUCAUCAUUUUAUUUUUAAUUGAAGUGUUCAAUUAAAAUUUCUAUAUCAUAUUGAAUAUUAAUUUAUUCAGUCUUCGUGAUCAAUCAGAAAAAGUAAUAAAAAAAAUAACAACAAGCACAGAUAAUAUAAUAUUAAUAUUAAUUAAAAAAUUGUCAUUUAAUUUGACUAAAAAAAAAAAAAAAAAAUAAUCAGAUACUAAUGAAAAUCGCUUAAUAUUAAUUUUAUCGUUUUUUUUUUUUUUUUCAAUUUUAUUCUAUCGUUUAAUGCACAAAUUUAUAAAAAUUAUUUGUGUUACUUAUUUUGUAAAAAAUAAAACUUAUUUUUAAUUAAUAUUGCAAAAGAUAAAAAUAUUAUUUUGGGUUUUUUUUUUUUUUUAAAUGAAUGCUAGAAAUUUAUGGAAAAAAAAAAUUAUAUCAUUUCAAAGGAAAAAAUUUAAAAAUAAUAAAAAAAGAAAUAGAUAUGUAUUUAAUAAUUACAUGAAUAAUUAUUAUUUUAUUAUUAAAAUUAUUAAUUAUGUUAUGCUUAAAUAUGCAUUACUUUUUAUAAAUAAUUUUAAAAUUUUUCUUUUUAAAAUUAAUUGGAUAAUUUCAAAAUGAAAAUUUUAAAUUGUUUAAAAAAUAAUAAAAAAUGUAUUUAAGCAUUACAUAAUUAAUUAUUAAAAUUAUUAAUAAUGUCAAUAUUUCAAUAAAAUUAUAAAAUAAGAAUUAAAAGCUAAAUAUUAUGGUUUACUUUGUGAAUGUGUUAAAAUGUGGGAAUAAAAUGACAAUAUUUUUGUCAAAUAAAAAAAAUAUAUGACCAAACUUAUUUUCCACGACAAAUUUUGGUAUAAUUAAAUGUACGUGACUUGCAAUUUUAUAUUUUAUAAAAAUUAUAUUAUAAUUUCAUGUCGAAUAAAUGACAAUUAACUUAAAAAAGAAAUUUAAAAAAUCGAAACAACAACAAUAAAAUAUCAUUAAAAAUAAAUUUUCAAUAUUGUCCAAAAUAAAUUAAAAUAAAAAGCAACAAUAAUAUUAAGUUAUUUGUAAAACUAAAAAAUUUUAUGUUUGGAGAACUUAAAUUUUUGGUAUGAUAAAAGAAAAUUAAAAAAAUAAAAAUUAUAGAAAAUUAUAUUAUAAAUAAUAAGAGAAAAAAAAAAACCAUUGUAAUAAAAGAUAAAAAAAUUAAAAAAAAAAAAACAAAUUUAAAAAUUCAUUAUUAAAUUAAUUAUUAA